GUAAUAUAAAGUCAGCAACACCAAGUCACCAAAACAUCACCAAAGGAAAGGAAGAGAAAACAAACAAAAGAGUAAACAAUUCAAUUCAAAUCGAAUCCAAAAAUACUUUUUCUUCUUAAAUUAAAAUUCCUCUUUCUUCUCCACUUCCAGCUCUGCUGCCUGCAAUUCGUGUGAGAGAGAAAGAGGGUCAGAGUUGCUUCUAAGAGAAGUUUUUGUCUUUUUUCAGAAAAAAGCAGAACACCCAGAUAAAAGCUGAUAAUUUAACAUACAAAAUUUAUUAUUUUCUGGGUAUAUUUCCCCGUAUUUGCGUGUAGUGUGAAAUGGGCUUCAUUCUAUUUUCUGGGUUUCUGUAAUUUUGACGAUUCAAUUAAAAAAGUUGAUUUUUUCUGGAGGAUAAAGAAAGAGUAACAAGAAGUAUGGCGUUUGGGUCAAUACUUUGCUGCGGCAAGGGUUUCGAUCGGAAAAAGAAAGAAGAAAGUAAGACAGCAUGGAGGAUAUUUUCUUUGAAAGAAUUGCAUGCAGCUACAAACAAUUUUAAUUAUGAUAACAAACUCGGAGAGGGUGGAUUUGGAAGCGUGUACUGGGGUCAGCUAUGGGAUGGUUCACAGAUUGCAGUAAAAAGGUUGAAAGUUUGGAGUGAUAAAGCGGAGUUGGAAUUUGUUGUUGAAAUCGAGGUUUUAGCACGAAUACGCCAUAAAAAUUUGCUAACUCUGCGUGGCUAUUCCGCUGAAGGACAAGAACGACUUAUUGUGUAUGAUUAUAUGCCCAAUUCUAGCUUAUUAUCCCAUUUGCACGGACAGCAUUCAGCAGAAUGUCUUCUUGACUGGAAAAGAAGGAUGAACAUUUCUAUUGGAUCUGCAGAAGCAAUUGUAUAUCUACACAAUCAUGCAACCCCACAUAUAAUUCACAGAGACAUCAAAGCCAGCAAUGUAUUACUAGACUCUGAUUUCCAAGCCAGGGUUGCUGAUUUCGGGUUUGCCAAAUUUGUCCCCGAUGGUGCAACGCAUGUAACCACAAAGGUGAAGGGCACACUCGGAUACUUAGCCCCUGAAUACGCCAUGUUAGGGAAGGCAUCAGAGAGCUGCGAUGUGUACAGCUAUGGAAUUUUGCUGCUAGAAAUUGCCACUGGAAGAAGAGCUCUUCAGAAGCUGAACCUGACAUCAAACAGGUCCAUCACUGACUGGGCCCUUCCAUUGGCCCGCGAGGAGAAUUUCAGAGAACUAGCAGACCCGAAACUGAAAGGGAAUUUCGUGAAAGACGAGCUGAAAAGAUUAAUCAUCGUUGCUCUUGUUUGUGCUCAGAAAAAGCCAGAGAGAAGACCGACAAUGGUGGAGGUGGUGGAGCUUUUGAAGGGAGAAGCCAAAGACAAAUUAACCAAUUUAGAAAACAAGUUGUUUAAGAGUUGGCAUUCUGCUGAUGAUCACAAGAAUGAGAUUAGAGAAGAUAAUGCAGACUCUAUAUUAGAGAGGAAAUAUGAUACUCCUAAACCGGAAUCUAAAGUUGCAGAAACUGUAUCUAAAGAGAAAGAUGAUACUCCAAAACCAGAAUUUAAAGUUGCAGAGACUACUAUAUCAGAGGAGAAAGACGGAACUCCUAAACCGGAAUACAAAGUUUCUGAUUCCGGGUUUGAAGGUGCACAGGAGCGAUGAAGUAUCCUUCAAAGUGAGUAUACAUGACAUCUUUGUCCCCAUAAUUUAAUUAAUUUGUGUUUAACAGUCUAAAAUGUUAAUUAUGGCACAACUUCUGGUUGCAAGUUUGGGUUAAUUUAUGUGGCUCUAGGUAAUUAGGUGUGUUCGUGCCAUAGAUCUUUGGUCUGGUUUAAUGCUUUGUUAGCCUGAUGCAUUUUCCAACAUCCUCUACGGGGUUUUCUCUUUUCUUUUCUUACGCGUGCUGAGAGUUUUCGACAUUUAUCCCGUGUGUUUGUCCUUUGGACUGAGGUAGAAGAUUGGAGUGUAAUUGUAUAUGAGGUUUGUUAAUAUUUUUCCUAUAAGAAUUGUUAAUUCUUGUUUUUUUUUUUUUUCACUUUUCCCCAA